AUGGAGGAAGGCAGUGAGGAGUCCACGGGAACCGGCAAUGACAGGGAGGGCCAGACACCGGCGAGGUGGCCUCAACCGACCGCGGUGGCAGCUCGGAGGGCUCAGACUCUUGCUGCUCCGGGCCCGCGGGCGCUCGCGCGCAGGACGAGCAGGGCCUCCACAGGAGCACCAGCCCACGCGGCCCAGCCCGUGGCCACCGCCUCCUUCCGCCGCAGCGCCACAGCGCGUGUGCCCGAGCGGGACGCGGGGGCGAUCCCGCCGUGCUCUCUCGGGCCUCAGUUUCCCCGCGCAGGGAGGGGCUGGAGCGAAGGUCUCCGAGCGCCCUCUGCUGGCCGGGUGGCGGGCGGGGCGCGGAUCUCGGGGCUGCAGGUGCGGCGGCGGCGGAAGCCGGGCGGGCGCCCCUCGGGAGGCUCGGCGGGUGGCGGGUGGAGAGCGCGGAGAACCGGCGGGCGCGAGGGGCAGGUCGCCUUGCUGUCGCUGAGCCCCGGCCUCGGGAGCUCCGUGCUCGGGGACCCCUGGUUCUCUCCGAUCACCACCUCUCCAGGCCGGGGCUCUGGUGCCGCUUCCCUGGGGUGGGAGUCAGAAGCGGGGUCGAAUCCCGGCUCCUUCACUCGCAGGCUGGCCGUGCUGGGCAAGUCAGUACUCUCUGCUUGGAGCCAGGCUGCCCGGAGGUUGCUGGGCCUCUACAUGGUGGUGCUGAAGGAGGAAACCCAUGGCUUGCAGAUGGAACGCACUGCCCGCCACCUGCAGGCCCAAGCCACCUGCUGGAGCUACCUCACCCGCAUCUUCCACAACCUGUUCCCUGGCUUCAUGGUGCAGGUGAGCAGCGACUUGCAGGACCUGGGAGGGAGUGGAGAAGACCCUGAGCUCCUGCCGGCUCCUCCCAUGGAUGGAGCCCAAGAGGAAGCCCUGCAAAGGGUGCCGGGCACCGCAGUCUGCGGGGUCAGCCUCCUGGGCCACAAACAGAUCAUCCAAAGUGACCACCUGGAAAUUGAAAGCAGGGUGACAGUCACUGAGAGUGUGCCCAGGGAGGAUGGGCCACACUUCCCCAGACAGCUCUGCUUGUCCUCCAGGCAGGAGGGCUGCCCCCUCUCUCACCUGGAGAUGGCUGGUGACCGCCCCCCGCCCCCAGUGUCACAGCUCUGCUGCUGCUGGCCUGGCCUUCCCUGCCAUUGCAGUCCCUUCCCGGGCAUCAGUUGUGGGCCUUCUGACCGCGGAAGCCGAGACAGCCUCUGUGUGAGCGCCGGAGGGUCCCGGACUCCUGGAGUUUAUUUGGAAAAGCCAGCUGGCCCCGUCCACAGGUUGACGGUACCGCUGCCCUCGGUGGGCAGGUAUAUCUGGGCUCAGUGUUGCCUUCGGUGCCUGGCAGGGACUGGGGCGGUGCCUGUGGCCUUCUGGGAAGACACUUGCCGCUCUCCAGCCUCGGCUCCUGAGGUUAUCACUGUGGAGGCCACUAAUACACAGGACCAACCAGUGACCCUGGGCGUCCUGAGGACUGACUUUGGCUUCUGUGUGGACCUCUUUGCCCCAAGGGACCUCCACUCGCCGGAGCUGAGGCAGAGCCUGAUCCAUCUCUCUGCCAACGACAUCACCAACGAGGCCUGGGCCCCUGAGCACCAGCGGGUGCGGCCCCCCACCUGGGGCCUACGGGGCCCUCCAGCACCAUGGAGCAGGUCAGCAGGAGGGCAGGGUGGGAAGACUCUGGACUGGGCUUGGGCGGCCUCAGGAGGUCCUGCUGCCUCCCUGUGUGUGGAAGGAGGAUUAGGCCACCGUCCCCCAGAGACUGGGGGAGACUGGGGGAGACCAGGCUGUGGGAGGGCUUUGCACAGCUUUGUAAUGUGUGUCCUGGGAGAAGUGCAUCACAUUCCUAGCUGCCAUCUGCAGGACAGUCUGUCUGGGGCAGGGGUAAGCUCCUUGUCCCCAGAAGGGGCUGGUCGCCCCUGGCAGCGACACUGGAGAGGGCUCCAGGGGCUUGACCAGGUGCCUGCGUCCGUCCCUUCCAGCCCCCUCGUCCUGUGUUUCGAAGUCCUUUCUAAAGCAGGCUGCUUCUGUCUUUGGCUCUCAGGCCCAAGGGGGCGGUGGGUCGGCCUGGGCCACAGCACAUUUUGGGGCGAAGGCGUCUAUACCAGGUGCUGCCUGCUGCCCCGGGCCAACCGCGGCAUCUACACCACUCCACCAGCUGGGGCUGGAAUGGGCCCCCGUGCCCGUGGCUGCCAGCAGGGCUGCGGCCUCACGGUCAGGAGGUGUCCCUGUCUCCCUGUGCCCCCCGCCCCCACCGGGCUGGUCCGACGCUGGAGCCUGACUCCCUGGCGUGCAGGCUGGUUCUGCUGCUCCCUUCCCACGCCCUGGGCAUGUGGCCUCCCCUCUCAACCUCUGAGCCCUCCCCCCAGGAGGAGGUGGGCAGUACCUGCCGAGAGAUGGGGAUGGGGAGCACCCAGACAGGCAGCGCAGUUCAGGGCGGGCUCAGGGGCAGGCCCGAAAGUGGAGCUGAGCUUGGGCUAACCUGGGCUCUGCAGGUCAACAGCAAGUUCCUUAACCUCUCUGUGUCAGCUUCCUCCCCCGUGAAAUGGGGCUGGUGGGUGCUGAGCACUUAGCUAGGACAGUCCAAAUGCUACCUGCCACUGUUAUCGUCACUGCUCUGAUACAGGUAACUGUGAAUGGGGGGGUGGCUCGUGUCGAAAACAUGCCUGGGGUGGGUAGCAGGAAGUCAUGGCUUGUUGGGGGGGUUGAGGGGCUUGUUGGGGAUCCACAGAUGGUGCCCCUCCCAUUGGGAGGAGGCUGAGCUGUCCUGCUUGGACCGAGCAUGGGGUGUCCUGGGAAGAGCCUGGGAGAUGGCAGGUGGUGGCUUGGAGUAACUGGCUUAGGAGUUGAUCCUCAAACAAGUACGUGCUGGGGAGCCACUGAAGGUUUAGGAGGAGAGGGGGUCACAAGGGGAGUGAGGAGUUCAGAGCUGGCUCCAGGAGGAGCAGGGGGGUAGGUGUGCAGGAUGGAAUUGCGGUGGGAAGAUGAGCCCAGUCAGGUGAGGGGGGCUCUUGUCCCAAGGAGAGGCUGGAACAGGUCCCUGGGGCCACGGGCCAUGCUCCUCCUUGGGGUCCUGGCUUGGUAGGAAUUCCGUGCUGUUCUGGUCACUCUCCCCCUUGGGAACAUCCAGCAGAUAAGCUCAAGGGCACGCGCCAGUUCAAGAUCGGGAAGCCACAGGCCCUCGCUCCCUACGAAGCACUCUCAAAGAGCUAAGGACACGGCAGCCCGCACAUGCUGAGCGACGUCCCCAGGACCCCUGCAGCUAGGACAUGGCGGCUUCGGGCUUCAGGAAAAGAUGGGCAAACUGAGGCUUGGCAUAGCUGAGUACCGCUCUCUAAGGUCUCGAUGCUACGGGUAUGUCUGACGCCCAGGCCCACGAACGGAGGCCCAUUAAGCUCAGCCCUGAACUUCUGCUUUGGGUAGGGGCCUGGGGGAGCUCCAGCUUCUGGCCCAUCUCCGGGUGGAGACGAGAUACUGACACUCCCCAGAAACGAAAGCUCAGAGACGUUGAGUGGCUUUCCCACGGUCACACAGCAGACCAGCAGCAGAGCUGAGAACUCAGGAGUUUUGUCACUUGGGCUAGUGUGUCUCCUACCUUGACUUAUUUCUGGAUCUUCUGGCUCUGGCCUCAGACCCUAAGGUGGUGGAGUCUGAUGGUGGCGAGGAGAGACGGAGGGUCCCCCGGCCUCCCAGGGUCUGAGCCGGUCUCCUCUGCCCUGGGCUGUAGCUCCCGCUGGGAGGCCCCCCAAGUGUGCGCCUCAAGGAGGCCAGCGUCCACACCUCUUGCACCGGGUCCUGAGUGCACAGGCCGGAAGCACCGAACCCCGGGCCCUGCGGAGAAGGGGCAGCGGCCUGAGGGGCAGGACAGGCGCCCGGGGCCCCAGGGCCGCAGUGUCUGCCCAGGGCAGCUUCCUGCGUGGCCCUCACAUAUCUGGGCGGAGGUUUGUGGGGAGCACGUGGCCAGGAGCUUUUGCAACUGUGUGGACAGCGCGUGUGUGUGGGUGUGUAGGUGUGUGGGUGUGCUGCUGGGCCCGUUUUUGCUCUUGUCCAGA